CCACCUUUCUAUCACCAAAGAAUUCCAACCAAACCUCCAAUAUAAACACAUUUACUGACUUCCACAGACUAAAAUUCUCCCCCAAAUCACAAAAACCCUAAAAAAACAAAAACCAUCCUAUACAUACACAAAUCGUUACACAAAAACAAAACCCAAAUUUUAAGUGAAAAAAGAAGAAUGAGACCACCAAAGAGAACGAUCCAUAUAAUAUCAUCAUGGGUUCGCCGGCAACCACCAAAGGUGAAAGCUUUUUUGGCAGUAGUGAGUGGAAUGCUGGCUUUGGUGCUGCUGCGUGUGAUUGUUCAUGAUCAUGAUAAUUUAUUUGUUGCUGCUGAAGCUGUUCAUUCCAUUGGUAUCUCCGUCCUUAUUUAUAAACUCAUGAAAGAAAAGACUUGUGCUGGGUUAUCGCUGAAAACGCAAUACCUAACAGCUAUGUUUUUGGCUGUUAGAUUAUAUUGCAGCUAUGUUAUGGAGUAUGAUAUACAUACCUUGCUUGACUUGGCUACAUUGGGUACAACAUUGUGGGUUAUCUUUAUGAUCCGUUUUAAACUCCAAUCAAGUUACAUGGAGGACAAAGACAACUUUGCAAUGUACUAUGUGGCGGUCCCAUGUGCUGCACUAGCUUUGUUAAUUCAUCCAUCGACGUCCCAUCACUUUAUCAACAGGAUAUUUUGGGCAUUCUGCGUCUAUCUUGAAGCAGUUUCAGUUCUCCCACAACUCAGGGUUAUGCAGAACACAAAGAUUGUUGAACCAUUCACGGCUCAUUACGUAUUUGCCCUUGGUGUCGCAAGGUUUUUAAGCUGUGCUCAUUGGGUUCUUCAGGUUUUGGAUAGCCGUGGUCAUCUACUUACAGCCCUAGGUUACGGAUUGUGGCCAUCAAUGGUUCUGAUCUCGGAGAUUGUUCAAACAUUCAUACUAGCUGACUUCUGUUAUUACUACGUGAAAAGCGUAUUUGGAGGACAACUUGUGUUGCGUCUACCUUCAGGGGUGGUGUAAGUUUGAGGAUGAUGUACAAGGAAAUGGUGGCAUCAAACGACGUUUACAGUACUUGUUCGUCUUGUUAGUUUAACUUUCCUGCAAUACAAUCUUGCAAGAUAGUCGGUCAAGGUGGAUAUUUGUACAUUUGCGCCCUUUCUUAUUUACAACGAUAACUCAAAUCUUAAAAAACUUCAAUUAGGAUACUCCUCGGGCCUUUAAUGCAUUGUUAUCCUUUUUCGUAAUCAGGUCUGCUAAAUGAAAAAUUCCAAAGUAAUUUGAAUCUAUUAUUUUGAGUA